ACUAAAUAUUUGCAAGGCGAAGAACUUUUUGGAGUUUAUCCAUUAAACAAGCCCCAUUUUCUCUCUAACAAGAAGAUUGAUUUAUCAAAAUUUCAUCAAGAAGAAACAAUGGGCAGCUUGACCGAAUCGAUGAGUCUGAUAUAGAGUAUUUGUUGUCCUCCUUAUCGCAAAAUACCACGUGUGUCUCGCAAAUUGAAGGUGUUUGAUAAACGUAUGUGAUAACAAUGAUGGUGGCCAGUUCCUGUCGUUAAAGCUGCACUCUGUAAACUGUUUGUUUUAGAGUCAUAAAGUUUCCUCUGUCGUGAAUUCACGGCCGCUUCGACAAUGUCAGCAGAGUUUACGUUGUUUUAACGAGCCACGUUGUGUCGUUUGGUCAACUCUUACGGCACGUGUUCGGUCACUGCUAUCAGAGCGCGUUCAGGCACGCACGCGCUGAUUGCUGCCUGGAGGCGAGCAGGCACGAGACCGUCCGUCGGGUGAACGGAGGACUGACAGCGGCGGGAUGGAGUUUGAGGAGUCCGGUAUCGGGGAGGAGUGCGGGGUUUUCGGGUGUGUGGCCUCCGGAGAGUGGCCCACACAGCUGGAGGUGGCUCAGGUCCUAACUCUGGGACUCGUGGCGUUACAGCACAGGGGUCAGGAAAGUGCCGGGAUUGUCACAUGUAAUGGAGCCAGUCCACCCACAUACACAACCCACAAGGGAAUGGGAUUAGUGAGCACUGCUUUCCCACCCGAGGCUCUUCAGAAGCUGCGCUAUGGAAACCUUGGUAUUUGUCACACACGCUAUUCAACUACUGGGAUCUCAGAGCUGCAGAACUGCCAGCCCUUUGUUGUGGAUACACUGCAUGGCAAGAUUGCUGUGGCACACAAUGGAGAGCUGGUUAAUGCUCAUGCUCUGCGGAAAAAGGUAAUGCGCCAUGGUGUAGGCCUCUCCACCAGCUCAGACAGCGAGCUCAUCACCCAGCUGCUGGCGCUGACUCCACCUAUGGAGGAGCUGGAUGCACCAGACUGGGUUGCCAGAAUUAAAAACCUGAUGACUGAGACCCCUACGUCGUACUCGCUGUUGGUGAUGUUCAAAGAUGUUAUCUAUGCGGUGCGUGACCCUUAUGGAAAUCGACCCCUCUGCAUUGGACGAAUUGUUCCCAUCUCUAAACUGCACAGUUCAGGUGCUGGAGAGGAGGACACUGAGGGGUGGGUUGUGUCAUCAGAGUCCUGUAGCUUCCAGUCCAUCGGUGCCAGGUAUUACAGAGAGGUCUUACCAGGAGAGAUAGUCCAGAUAUCCAAGCACGGCAUCAAGUCUCUGAGUGUUGUCCCUCGGCCUGAGGGAGACCUCCCUGCCUUCUGCAUAUUUGAAUAUGUUUACUUUGCCAGACCAGACUCUAUUUUUGAAGGGCAGAUGGUCUAUACUGUAAGGCAGCGCUGUGGGCGGCAGUUAGCCAUAGAGGCUCCAACAGACGCAGACGUGGUCAGCACUGUGCCAGAGUCUGCAACUCCUGCUGCACUGGGAUAUGCUCAGCAGUCUGGGCUGCCAUAUAUUGAGGUUCUGUGUAAGAACCGCUAUGUUGGGAGAACGUUUAUCCAACCGAAUACCCGCUUGAGGCAGCUGGGAGUUGCCAAGAAGUUUGGGGCUUUGACAGACAACUUUGCUGGGAAAAGAGUGGUGCUAGUUGAUGACUCUAUUGUCAGAGGCAACACCAUCUCCCCCAUUAUAAAACUACUGAAGGAAGCUGGUGCAACUGAGGUCCACAUCAGGGUUGCCUCUCCACCGAUCAAGUUCCCUUGCUACAUGGGCAUCAAUAUUCCAACCAAGGAGGAGCUUAUCGCCAACAGGCCAGAGUUCCAGGACAUUGCUGGAUACAUCGGUGCUGACAGUGUCCAGUAUCUGACUGUGGAGGGCCUGGUAUCAGCUAUCCAGGAGGGAAUCUCCUCCCUCCAGAAGGACGAAAUGAUCAGCUCCAACAAGUCCAGCAAGAGAGUGGGCCACUGCACUGCCUGCCUGACUGGGAAGUAUCCAGUGGAGCUCGAGUGGUGACUGGUGAACCAACGCCAUGACCAACAGUAGUUACAGCAGCAGCAGUGUGGAUUUACUGCAAGCUCCCACAAGCUGAUACAUAUGAAUAAAGUGUUCUCUGUAGACUGGAAAAGAACUGUUGGGCAUCAACGCUGAUAUCUGGGACAUUGAGAUGUAUUAAAUACACAAACAGCAUGCGCUUUCUCUACAGAGGGUUGUUUUUCCUGCUCAGAUUUCUCACUUAACUUGAAUAUGUUGCUUUUGAUGACCUCCAGUGGUUGCAGUCUUAUCUUGCUGCAGUGACGUAAAAGUCUGUUUUUACCACAUCCUGAUAUCACUAGUGACUACAGCUGCACGUCUCACCACACAACACUAAUGCUUUUGGUUUUUUGAAGGUUACCAUGUAAAUGUAUUGAGAAAAGCUCCAAAACUAGUUUUGUUUUCACAUUCCCAGCCUUAACAAAACAGGAGCAUUAGAGUUUACCAUGUCAGGAAAGCGCACAGGGCUAGUGACCAAAAAGCAAAUUUGUCUUUAUUUUCCUUAUAAAUGUUAUUUCCUACCUAACUAAAAUUAAUCAUUCUACUUUUUUUUGUUUGAGUGUCAGAUACUUUGUCUCCUCAACUUUAAAUGUUACAUGAAUAUAUGGAAAAAUGUAAUAAACGAAGUGACUGCAAUGACAAGUGA